AAGCCACGAACCAGGGCUGCAGCCGCGUCGCUGUUGAAAGUUGGUAAACUCAAAGUGCCGCGUGAAUUGUUUGUACAGCCGAGAGAUCCAAUUAUCCAUCCCUUUUCUCUUUCUUCUCUCACCCUCUUUCUCCCCUCCAGCCUACCCCGUCACUCUUUACCCCAUCCUCACAUCCAUCUCCCCCAGCGCACCACACGCCCUACGCGCAUACCCUAGCACCGGACAAUCGCUGCGCGCCACGCCGGUCACUUGCCAUUACUGUCGACACUUUUUACACAGGUCAAGCACCAUCAUUAUAGCACAAGUCAAUCCCAGGCGGUUCAUCUUGUCAAACAACAAACAACAAUAACUCCCAGUCUCCUACCACUACCAAAUCCCCCACAAUGCUCUUCUCCAACACCAUCAUCCCCAUCCUUGCCGCCGUCCCGGUGAUCUCUGCUAUCAAGUUUGAGCCCGCCCACGCCAAGCGUGCUGGACUCUCUCACCGCGAUAUCGCAGCCGACCUUCGACGAAGCGACUCGCCUGUCGCUGCUCGUAACCAGAACAAGCGUCUUGUGCGAAAGGCAAAGAACAAGAAGAGGUCUUGCCAAGCCAAGUUCAGUGCUUCUUCAACUGCCGCCUCUACCGCUUCGCAGACUGCCACUGGAACUGCCUCCGCCACGGCGGCUUCUGCCUCCUCCACUGGCUCCAGUAACGGUACCAACAGUGCGGCGACCUCGAGCUCCUGGUCUCUAGUGGAAGAAUGGUCCGGAAGCAACUUUUUCGACAACUGGAGUUUCUGGUCUUACACUGAUCCCACUCACGGUACCGUCGACUACCAGUCUGCCUCCGAUGCCUGGAGUUCGGGUCUCGUGGCGAUCAACUCUGAUAACCGCGCCGUCAUGUCUGUCGACACCACCGAAGUCGUCUCUACUGCUAGAAAGUCUGUCCGUAUUCACGGUAACAAGGUCUUCACCGGUGGUCUUGUCAUCAUGGACGCCUACCACAUGCCCGUUGGCUGUGGCACCUGGCCUGCCUGGUGGCAGAACGGUCCCAACUGGCCCGAGGGUGGCGAGAUUGACAUUCUCGAGGGUGUCAACGCCUUUGACCAGAACCAAGUGUCCCUCCAUACCGGUGUCGGCUGCACCAUGCCCAACAACAUCCAGGACAACAUGACGGCCACCCUCACCACUGGCGACUACGACUCUUACGACUGCUCUGCCACCGACACUUCCAACCAAGGUUGUGGCGCUCGUGAUGAGACUAGCGACAAUUCUUACGGUGCUAGUUUCAACAGCAACAAGGGUGGUGUGUACGCCAUGCGAUGGAGCAAGGCUGGUAUCGCCGUCUGGUUCUUCCAGCGAGGCUCUAUCCCCUCCGACAUUGACAGCAACACCCCCGACCCUUCCAGCUGGGGUACCCCUGUUGCCAACUUUGUCUCUGACAGCUGCAACCCUUACCAGUUCUUCUAUGACCACUUCAACAUUUUCGACACCACCCUCUGUGGAGAUUGGGCCGGUGCCGACUCUGUCUGGAACUAUGCCGGUUAUGCCGGCCAAAGCGAGAGCUGCGCUGCCUCCACUGGCUAUUCCACUUGUGCCGACUAUGUCCUCAACAAGGGCUCUGCCUUUACUGAGGCUUACUGGGAGGUCGCCUCUGUCAAGUACUUCAACUCCACAACCGAAGUCUAAACUCUCUCUGCCCAUGCUUGCAUGUCGUGUCCUGCCCGACACGUUCAUGCCCCUCUCGAAACCCUUCCAUCUCUCCUUGGCCAAAUUCUUGAACAAACUCUCCCGCCCCUUUUUACAAUCCCUGUUUCAGAAUAGUCUCGCUCAGGUAGAUAGAGACGGUUCUGUCAAUUCCGUACGCCCCCUUGUUGACCUUCUACAUGUCUUUCCCUGUUCUUCCUUGUUUUUAUAUUAUUUUUUCCUACUUCGAUAGGUAGUACAGUAUAUAUCUUUGGACCCUUCUUUGGUUCUUUGCGGACGGACAUGUUGUGAUGGAUUAUAGGGUUUCUCAUUCAUCCGUCUUUCCGUAUAUCAUUAUAAGCGGACACAUGACACAUAACAUACUCAAGCUGCA